GUGAUCUCUAUUUGUCUCCCCUUUCCCCGACGCCUCCUCCGCUCCAGUGCUGAAAAAGGGGGGUUUCAUGACCCUUUCACCGCAUAUGGGCACCGUUAAACCCACAACGUUUUUCUGUGGAGGUCCCUCACAAAAUUAAAAUGAGAUUCAUAAGCACUGUGUAGCAGCCAACUUUGGAGGAAAUGAGUAUCACGCAUUUCACACCAGAACCAUAAUGAUCCGCUUGAUUAUGUUGGCGUUGAGCCAUAACAUAGUAUUUGGCAAUGAUGAACUCACCGUCUUCACAGUAGGCUGCAGAGAAGACAUAACUUUGCACUGUACUUUCCUUCAAAACUGUCAGAACUACACCUCUAUUACGUGGUACAAGUUGAACAAUAACAGCGGUGACAGAUCUACAAUGAAAAUCCUCAAAAAGUCAGAAAGUGUCGUCCAGACUGACAAACACAACGAUUCUGUGUCACUGGAAAAAAACGCAGCUUUGGUCUUAAGGAAAGUUACUCAAGCUGAUUCUGGGGUGUACACGUGUUUAAUUAAAGCCAAAGCUGGUGGAAAGAACUGUCCAAAUUGGGUUAGACUUAAUAUCUCAGAUUGUGUGUCAACACCUUCACCCGUCAUCUUUGAAUUCUCCACCAAGUUUAUUAAUGGAUCAUGGCCAAACAUCAGCGUCCCACUGCCUCAUGUGAAUGACUAUUCAGUGCUUUUUGUCCUGUGGGGUUGUGUAGGACUCGGUGUGAGUAAAAUCAUCCUCAGUGCCAUUUCCAUAUGCGUUUUCAAGAAACUCAGAAAACUUAAAAGAAGACAGACUUGAGACCAACCACUGUUUAUCAUCACCUUGUUUGUUUGCAGUUGACUCACCAUACUCUGCAAACUCUGCAAACUUGUGUAAAAGACCAUUGGAUGGUUUAGUGAUUUAACAUGUUAAUACUUAAUCUGUGAAUUUACCUAUGAAUCAUGAUACUCUGAGGAACUGAUACUUUAUAUCUGUUAUAUUUAAUUCCAAAAUGACAUUCCUGUCAUAAGGGCAAAAAAUGGCAGAACAUUUUCUUAAACUUUAAAAUUAUGUUUGGAGGAACUAUGCAUAUUGAAAGUUUUCUGAUGCAUAAUCCAUAUUUAAUACACUGCAAAAGAACAAAUUUUUCUUCAUUAUGGAUUUUUCUUACUAGUGUUAUUCUUGUAUUAUUUAUGUACAUUUGUAGUAUAUUUACUAAAGCAAAUUGUAAAACAAAUAUGUAUUGAUUGAUUGUAUCAAACAAAUUUGUAUCCAUAUUACUGGUUUAAAUUGGCCAGUAAGAAUGUUAAAUUAGUUUAAGCUUUUAUAAAUAUUUCAUUCUCUUUGUUUGUAGGUGUUGUGUGUGAAAAUUGGUUUGCUCCAUGUGUGCAAAUUUUCAGAAAAACUAAACAUGAGGUCAUCCUAAAAUAG